UUUGGGCAAUAAAUAAAGACCUUUCUCAUAUGUGGCAGAUUUAAAAACCGAUAUUUAUUCUUUCGUUGAAGUUAAAAAAAUUAAUUGUGGGGGAGAGAGAGAGAGAAAGAGAGAUCAGAAUCUCUAAAUGGCUGAAACGAAUUGCCCAGAAUCCAGGAAACUCUCUGAUUGAUUUUUUCUUUUUUUUCUUUCUGGUGAUUUUCUCGGGAAAUUUAUUAGCUUUUUCUGUAAUUGUAUUUGGGGUUUGGGGGUUCUUUUAAUUUUGGCAAAUCUCUAUCUGUUUCAUGUGCUAGCUAAGGUUGUCUUCACUUUCCCUCUUAUGAGUCAUGAGUUUCUUGUCUUCAUCUUCUCUAAUAAAGUUAACAACAACAUCAACACUCUCUUAAAUUUCUUCUGUUCAAAUCUUUCGACUUUUCUCUUCCACCGAACCGUUUUAACAAUCAAACACCUGUCUCUUUGAACACAAGUCAUAAAGAAAAGUUUCAAUUUUGAGUUUGGUUCUUCCCUUUGUAAGAGAGAGAGAGAGAUCAAGAAAUUGAGUUUUUUUUGUUUCUCUACCAUUAAUGGACGAAGCUUCUCCUGCUGUAGCUGUUCCAUUCAGACCAUUCCCUGAGCCACGCGCCGGAAUUAGAGGCUACUGCAACAGCGAAUCUAGGGUUUCUUUACCGGAAAAUUCUUGUUCCGGUUCCGGUUCUUUGAUUUCCGAUAUGAAAGGCUCAUCCUUUGAGAUCAAUAAUACAAGACAAGAUUCAUUAGCGUCGUCAUCAUCAUCUGUUGUACCAGACGUCACCGUUGAUAUCUCCGCCGGAGAUGAGAUGAACGGUUCAGAUGAGUUUGAUCCGACGAGAUCGACGACGAAUCAGAGUGAGAAGAAAGUAGUACUCAGUAGAACAGAGAGUAGAAGUCUGUUUGAGUUCAAGAGUGUGCCUUUAUAUGGAGUCACUUCGAUUUGUGGAAGACGACCAGAGAUGGAAGAUUCUGUUUCCACGAUUCCUAGGUUCCUUCAAGUUGCGUCUAGUUCGUUUCUUGAUGGUCGAGUUACUACUAAUGGAUUUAACCCUCACUCGAGUGCUCAUUUCUUCGGUGUUUACGAUGGCCAUGGUGGUUCUCAGGUAGCGAAUUAUUGCCGUGAGAGGAUGCAUCUAGCUUUAACGGAGGAGAUAGUGAAGGAGAAACCGGAGUUUUGUGAUGGUGACACGUGGCAAGAGAAGUGGAAGAAGGCUUUGUUCAACUCUUUUAUGAGAGUUGACUCGGAGAUCGAACCUGUGGCACACGCGCCUGAAACGGUGGGAUCGACUUCGGUGGUAGCUGUUGUCUUUCCGACUCAUAUCUUUGUAGCGAAUUGCGGCGAUUCGAGGGCGGUUCUGUGCCGUGGCAAGACGCCACUGGCCUUGUCCACUGAUCACAAACCGGAUAGAGAUGAUGAAGCGGCUAGGAUAGAAGCAGCCGGAGGGAAAGUAAUACGGUGGAAUGGGGCUCGUGUUUUUGGUGUGCUAGCAAUGUCAAGAUCUAUAGGUGAUAGAUACCUAAAACCAUCAGUGAUACCGGAUCCGGAAGUGACUUCAGUACGACGAGUCAAAGAAGAUGAUUGUCUCAUCUUAGCAAGUGAUGGUCUUUGGGAUGUAAUGACAAACGAAGAAGUGUGCGAUUUGGCUAGGAAAAGGAUUUUGUUAUGGCAUAAGAAGAAUGCUAUGGCUGGAGAUGCUUUGCUUCCGGCUGAGAAAAGAGGAGAAGGAAAAGAUCCGGCGGCAAUGUCUGCGGCUGAGUAUUUGUCGAAGAUGGCUUUGCAAA